UUGUGUGGCCAAAGAGAGAGAGAAGAGAGAAAGAGAGAGAGGAGCGCAGUGACAGACAGAGGGGUUUAAGUGAGAAAGACUGCCGACCUGCAACAAUAAAAGCAUAUGUAGCAGCCAGAGCUGGAAAAUUACAAGCCUCUCUCUCUCACACUCCUGCACCUUUUUUUUCUUUCCCAUGAAGCUCAGGGGUCGCUGCAAGUCAGUGGACCGACACCAACUGAGGGACCUCUCCAUUCAGCAUGUUUCACCUUCUUUUUUUUUUUUUUUUUUUGCUUUGAAUAGCCACGUUUGAUUGCACUGUGUGGCUGUGCUGCCGCUGUGAGAAGAGGUGAAAGGAGUCACAGGCUGCCAGUGGAUACAGGUGCAGAUGCGGCGGGCCAUGAGCGGAAUACUGAAGAGGAAAUUUGAGGAGGUGGAAGCCUCCUCCUCCCCGUGCUCUUCCUUGCGGGAGUCUGAUGAUGAGGUCUCCUGCAGCGAGAGCGGGGAUAGCAGUGACAGUGUCAACCCCUCCGCCUCAGGCCCUUUCACCCCCAACUCAAUCCUGAAGAGAGAGAAGCGCCUGCGGACAAGGAGGGUGCACUUUGAGAAUGUGACAGUGUACUACUUCAGCCGGCGGCAGGGCUUCACCAGCGUGCCCAGCCAGGGAGGUAGCACGCUGGGCAUGUCCAAUAGGCACAGCUGGAUCCGGCAGUACUCCCUGGGUGAGUUUGCCCUGGAGCAGGAGAGGAUCCACAGAGAUAUGCUACGAGAUCACCUAAAGGAGGAGAAACUCAACUCAAUCAAACUCAAGCUGACAAAGAAUGGCACAGUGGAGUCUGAAGAGGCCAAUACACUCACGGCUGAGGACAUCUCAGACGAUGACAUUGAUCUGGACAAUACAGAGGUAGACGAGUACUUCUUCCUGCAGCCACUCACUACUAAAAAGAGACGGGCGCUGCUGCGUUCCUCCGGGGUGAAGAAGAUUGACGUGGAAGAGAAACAUGAACUGAGGGCGAUCAGGAUGUCCAGAGAGGACUGUGGCUGUGAUUGUAGAAUCAUCUGUGACCCGGAGACCUGUGCCUGCAGCAUUGCUGGGAUCAAGUGCCAGGUGGAUCGUAUGUCUUUUCCAUGUGGCUGCACCAAAGAAGGCUGCAGCAAUUCAACAGGUAGAGUGGAGUUCAACCCCAUUCGUGUACGAACCCAUUUCUUGCACACCAUAAUGAAGCUGGAACUCGAAAAAAGCCGCGAGCAGCAGCAGGCGUCCACUACAAACGGUUUUCACGGCGACGCCAACGAGCUUGGAAGCCCUUUGGUCCACUCCCAGCACAGGUUAGAGUACUCUCUGUCAGACGCCGUUCCACAAACAGCUGCAAUGCACCUGCAGACGGCGGAUGACAUGGAGGAGCCUCUGGAUGAAGAAGAGGAUGAAGAAGACGAAGAAGACGACGAAGAGGAGGAGGAAGAGGAGAACGAAGAUGAUGAGGAGGAUGAGGAGGAUAGCAGCAGUGUUUGCAGCGCGCUAUCCGAUUCCAGCACGCAGAGUUUAGCGAACAGCGACUCUGAGGACGAGGAGGAGGAGGAAGACGAAGAGGAGGAAGAGAAGUCGGAGAACUUGGCAAAUCAUUCAGUGACUCAUACUGAAGUGGUCCCGUUGUCCUCGGUGCUUUGCUACACUGAUGCAGCACAUGAAAACCACAUCAACGGGAACAAUUAUUUGAUGAAUUCUUCCUCAGCUGAUUACUACCAGCUUGGGAGCUCCAGCGCAGUUGCUAAUGGUCAAACCAGCCAAUCCAGUGAACCCUAUGGGGAAACAUUAGGAUUCCAAGAUCCAGUCAGUACAACCAAUGGUAGCAUGUCCCAAGGACCUUUCAACAUUUCUGCCGAGCAGUACACAGACUACUCAAAUCAGGCUGACCAGCAGUAUACUAAUGCUAAUGCUAAUCACCAUUUCUCUCUUCCCAAUGGUGCUUUGGCUACCCAGUUAACAUGCUACACAACUGACACAGAGAAGAAGGUGUCCAAAGUGACAUUUUUAGAGCAGUCUGACAACCAGAACCAGUCACAGUUUCAGAACUACCUGAACAAUAACUCGCCGGCUUCCUACAGCAGCCACAACUCCUGUAUGACAGCCGAUCAGCCACAGCAAGAGUCCAGUAUUAACAAUGGCCAUUCUGACCUGACCUUACUAGUAAGCAACAAUAAAAACCUCCCUUUACCAGACCAUUGCCCAGAGGUCACAGCCAUUUAGUGCGCUUCACAUUUCAAAGUGUUCUUUCUUUACUGUCUCAACUUGAGUCUAAGUGGCAUUCAGAGGAACAUAAUCAUGGCCUUUUUGCAUUAUCUGACCUUAAGUUUCAAAGCAGUUGAUACUGUAGUGCAUUUCCAUCUGUUACCAUAAAGCCACAGGCCUUAUUCACACAGGGGCCAAUUUUCCUUCACUCAUGCUGUUUUGUCAUCCAGUUUGCUCAAGAUCAGAGGUUAGGUCAGGGAUGUCAGACUCACUCACAGAAGGGGCCGAAUUGUGAAUUUAGGUCUAACUUGAGAGCCUAACUGGUUCAAAAUUUCCCAUAAACUGUCAACUUCGUCUUUACAAGUAAAGAAAGAUAGGGAAAAUGUAACAUUGAUGGUAAAUGAUCUUGUGAUUAAACAAAGUCAAAAA